UUCACAAAUGGAGGCUGAGAAUUUGAUGAAGCUUUCUCUUCAGCAACGCAGAAACGGCGUCGUAUCACAAACCCUAGACUUAUUAGAACUAAUCUCAGUCAAAUCCUCAGAUGAUCUUCUUCCAUGUUACACCUCCCUCAAAGACAUCCUCCCUUCCACCACGACCACCGUGGAUUCCCCCGCCGUCUCCUUCGCUGCAUCUGCGGCGGUUCCCACCAUAUCGAUCCGCAAUCGCCUUGUAAAGCAAGCCGCUUGCGCUUACCUUCAGCCUUCUACUCCAACUCCUUCCUCUAACCCUUCAUUCCUCCGCCGUGUCUCCUCCUCUCUCCUCCGCCUCUUCUCGGAAAUCUUCGAUUUUCUCCUCCGCCUCUUCCCAUCUCCUAGGAAAAUCUUCAGAGCUUAAAAUGUACUUUAUAAGUGAACAGAGAUGAUUACUGAGAAAUGAUGAUUCUCACAUAAUUUCUCUGUUUUUU